AUUACACUGGUGGUCCUGGUUUUAGUUUGAGAAGUCGGAAAUAACUAGACUUUACAGGUCUAGUCAACAGGGGGGGGGGGGAAACCCCUGAAAACUGGUUGUCUUUCUCAUAACACAAAGGUGAAAGAGUGAAAGCAGAUAUGCCUUCCAGCGUCCCGAUUCUAUUCAUGUUCGUGUGUUUAUUCACGACUGUAGUCGGUCGUGAUGAGGAUUGUAACAGUUACGGGGGUUCAUAUGAAUUGUGUAAGUCUUGGGAGUUCUGCUGUGGGAUCUGUGGUCAGUCGUACUGCUGCUCCGAUCCGCAAAAAAGAUUGAAUGGACGACUUGACUGUUUGUUAAAAGGCAUGAAGGAAUUGGGUGAACCUCCUCGAAGAGAAACUGUGAAUGUUGAACUCAUUGGCCCCAUACUAGUCAUCUUAUUUGUGACCUCCAUCAUUGUGCUCAUCACCUGCUGGGUCUGUCCCUCCUGCUUUCUCCAUAAAAGGUUCAGAAGUCCUAGACCUGUGAUUGCGACAACUACAGUCGUGACGACACAAUUCCUUCCGCAGCCGGACGUUCAGGGCGGUCGGUACCUUCCUUACCAGCCUUUGCCAAAUAACCCACCUUAUGAAGGCCAACCCAUGCCAAUCGGAGCUUUUAAGGGACAACCAUAUCAGGAGGCUGCAGGUCCAGCGUAUCCUGUUCCCUUCAGCCAGGCUCCAAAUGAUGGUGGUCAGGCCAUGUUCCCUAUACAACCAGCUCAACCACUACUGCCCACAGACUACACCUCACCUCAACCUGCGUACAACCCCGCUUAUGUGGAUUUACAGGGUAUAAGUUUGGCUACAGCAGUUCAGUCAGUCAAGACUGAUUACUAAACCACAACCGCUGGGUUAGGGAUUUCCACGCUGCUCUGCGCUUGUAAAUUGUGCAGCUACUGCGGGCACUAACAAUGGUGUUCACAAUACAAGUUUAUAUGCUGUCACAUUAAUGCUCUUUUUGCACUUAGUUUCUCUCUAUUGUAAGAUGAUAAGCUGCUGAAGUGGAUUAACUAAUAUACCCAUAAUUUGUGACCCUAAAUUAGUAUAGAUAUUUUGAGAUUGUAAACUUUUGUGAAUGUGUUUUGGUUCAUUUUAUGGCAAUGAGUCAAGUUGACUAGUCCAGAGUUUUGCGCCUAGGUUACAUAAUCUUUCACAGUUGCCUUAGAUUGUUUUUGUUUGUAUGUAAUAGAGCAGUGGGGUUUGUUUCAGACAUGUUCUGUCUUUUGGUUUGUAUUUGUGUUUUUUUCUCAUUUUUCAUUAAACAAAACAUUCAAAUGAAUAUGUUUCACAUUA